GUAUUCUAUACUUAAACAUUUUGUCGUAAUCCAAUGAAUGUCUCAUCAAUGAAAACAAUGAAAUUCGCUAAGCAAGAAGUCAGUGAUAGAGAUAGUAAAUCAUCUGAGAGUGACUUUGAUGAAGAUGAUGAUCCAGACAAAAUUGAAGUACCAGGUGGAGGAAAGGAUCUUGCUACUGCCUUUGCCAUUACUCCUCAGGCUGAAAGUAAACAACUGAAAGAUGCAUCUAUCAACAAUUUAAAACCAAAAUUAGAACAAAAUAACAAAGGAAAGUUGCCUAGUGGACUGAUUAUGAAAGAUGUAUCACCUGGCUAUGAAAUGGUUAGGACACCUUAUAAUCCAUUGCAAUCUACUGCAAACAUGCUUGGUGCUUUGGGUUUUCCGUCUUCUGUAGGCUAUCCUUCAAUGGUAUCUACAAAUCCUGCUCAGUUUCUUCAGCAAAGUUUGGAAAUGGCUGGCUUGACUGGCUUGACGGAUCCAAGUUUACUUUAUGCAAAUAUGGGUGGCAUAAAUCCUAUGGUAUUGCAAGGUAAUGGAGCUUUAAUUAAUCAUUUAAUGGCCCAGAAGAACCCUUUUCAUGCAAAUCAAGCCAAUUGGAUGAAUGCAAUGAUGAAUAAUAAAACUCUUUCAAAUUUUUGGAUGAAUUCAGAUAUUAAGAUGCCAUUGGUAACAGCAGAAGAAGAAGAUAAUGAAGAUGAAGACAUGGGAGUCGCAGAAACGUAUGCUGAUUACAUGCCUCCUAAAUUGAAAUUAGGAAAAAAGCAUCCUGAUCCAGUUGUAGAGACAGCUUCCCUAUCAAGUGUAGAGCCAACUGAUGUCUGGUAUCAAUUAUCUAUUCCUGAAAGUACUAUUUCGACUGGAUCCCUCUCAGCCUUACAAUUGGAAGCUAUUACUUAUGCAUCUCAACAACAUGAGCAUUUUCUGCCUGAUGGUAGUAGGGCUGGAUUUCUGAUAGGUGAUGGCGCUGGUGUUGGAAAAGGUAGAACAAUAGCUGGUAUGAUAUAUGAAAAUUAUUUGAAAGGUAGAAAACGUGCCAUUUGGGUCUCAGUAUCCAAUGAUUUAAAGUAUGAUGCUGAAAGAGAUUUAAAAGAUAUUGGAGCUUCAAAUAUCGAUGUUUAUUCAUUAAAUAAAUUAAAGUAUGCCAAGAUAUCUUCAGCAGUUAAUGGUAAUGUGAAGAGGGGAGUGAUUUUUUCUACAUAUUCUGCAUUGAUUGGUGAAUCUACUCAGUCUAGUGGAAAAUAUAAAUCUCGCUUAAAGCAGCUUGUUCAAUGGUGUGGAGAUGAUUUUGAUGGCUUAAUAGUGUUUGAUGAAUGCCAUCGUGCAAAAAACUUAUGCCCUGUAGGUUCCUCAAAACCAACAAAAACUGGUCUAACAGUUUUGGAAUUACAAAAUAAACUUCCAAAAUCUAGAGUUGUAUACGCUUCAGCUACAGGUGCAUCUGAGCCUCGUAAUAUGGCAUAUAUGACUCGUCUUGGAAUGUGGGGUGAAGGAACUCCAUUUCCUGAUUUUACUGAUUUUAUUUCAGCUGUAGAAAAACGAGGAGUAGGAGCUAUGGAAAUAGUAGCCAUGGAUAUGAAGCUUAGAGGAAUGUAUAUAGCAAGACAAUUAAGUUUUCAUGGUGUAGCUUUUAAAAUUGAAGAAGUUCCUCUCAGUCAAGAUUUUGUAAGAAUUUAUGACAACUCAGUGAAACUUUGGGUUGAAGCUAUGCAGAAGUUUCAAGAAGCAGCUGAAUUGAUUGAUGCUGAAAAUAGAAUGAAAAAAACAAUGUGGGGUCAGUUUUGGUCAUCUCACCAGAGAUUUUUUAAGUAUUUGUGUAUUGCAGCCAAAGUGAGAUAUGCUGUUGCAACUGCAAGGGAAGCAGUAAAAUGUGGAAAAUGUGUUGUGAUUGGUUUGCAGUCAACUGGAGAAGCUAGAACUCUUGAACAAUUAGAAAGAGAUGAUGGUGAAUUAACAGAUUUUGUUUCUACUGCUAAAGGAGUAUUGCAGACUCUUGUUGAAAAGCACUUUCCUGCACCUGAUCGAAAUAGGAUCAAUCAGCUUAUAGGAAUUGAUAAGAAAAAGUCGUCUAUGAAUAAUAAUUCAGUUAAUCAUAAUGAAGCAGGCUCAUCUAGUGGAAAGAGAAAGCCAAUUAGACAAGCUGCAGCAAGAGCGGUUAAAAGAGUUAAAGCUGAUUCAUCAGAUGAUUCUGAUGGAGGUUCCACUUCGGGAUCUGAAUUCAAAUUAUCUAUUUCUGAUUCAGCAGAGAGUGAAUUUCAUUCUGAAGAAAGUAAUUUAAGCAGUGAUUUCAAUCCCUUUGAUGAUGACAGUGAUAGUGAAGAUCCGUGGUUAUCAAGGAAAAAGAAGGGGAAAAACUCUAAAAAACCAGUUAAAAAAAAGUUAUCAACCCAAGAAAAAAUAGAUUCAUUAAUAAUAAAGCAAACCAAAGGACAAAUCUCAAACCACCGUGAUCCAUCUGGUAUUCCUGGACAGAUGGCAAUUGAAAGAGCAUGUGGCAUGAAAGAGGAAUUGCUCAGAAAAAUAGAGGAAUUAGGUGAAAGUUUGCCCCCAAACACUCUUGAUCAAUUGAUUGAUGAAUUAGGAGGUCCGGAAAAUGUUGCUGAGAUGACUGGAAGGAAGGGUAGAGUUGUUCAAACAGAGGAUGGCAUUCAGUAUGAAUCUAGAUCAGAAGUUGAUGUCCCACUUGAAACUUUAAAUCUCACAGAAAAACAAAGAUUCAUGGAUGGCUUGAAGGAUGUUGCAAUUAUUUCUGAAGCUGCUAGUUCUGGUAUUUCUCUUCAAAGUGAUCGAAGAGCUAGAAAUCAAAGAAGAAGAGUGCAUAUUACCCUUGAAUUACCUUGGAGUGCUGACAGAGCCAUACAACAAUUUGGAAGGACCCAUAGGAGUAAUCAAGUGAAUGCUCCUGAAUAUAUUUUUCUUAUAUCCGACCUGGCAGGUGAAAGGAGAUUUGCUUCAAUUGUUGCUAAACGCCUUGAAAGUUUGGGAGCUUUAACUCAUGGUGAUAGAAGAGCAACUGAAACAAGAGAUUUAUCUAGAUUUAACAUUGACAACAAGUAUGGCCGAUCAGCUUUAGAGGCUACUAUGCGAACCAUCAUGGGAUAUGAAGCUCCUCUUGUUCCUCCACCUAGUGACUAUGAAGGAGAUUUUAUGAAAGAUGUUGCCGCAGCUUUAGUUGGUGUUGGACUAAUUGUUAACAAUGACACAAACCCUGGAAGUUUGGUCUUGGAUAAAGACCAUAACAAUAUGAGUAAAUUUUUGAACAGAAUACUGGGUAUGCCUGUUGAAUUGCAAAAUAGACUGUUCAAGUACUUUACAGAUACAUUGCAGGCCAUAAUCACUCAGGCUAAGAAAACAGGAAGAUUUGAUUUGGGAAUAUUAGACCUUGGAACAGCUGGAGAAAACGUUAAAAGGGUUAAAGUUUUCAAAUACUUGAGGAAGCAUGUGACAGGAGUUGCUACAACUGAAUUACAUAUAGUUCAUGUUGAAAGGGGUAUGAACUUUGAUGAAGCUUUAGAACGAUGGACACAAUUGAGUGGCUCAAAAGAAGGAUUUUAUUUAUCUCAUCAGAUAAGAAAUGGUAAGCAAACUGCAAUUCUUGCUGAAGCAUUAGAGAGCAGUAGUAGUGGUAAACCUGUAAAAAAAGGAGAAGGAAAAAAAGAUCAAUUAUACACAAUUUACAGGCCUAAUACUGGAUUGCAAAUUAGACAGGAAACACUUGCUGAACUGGAAAAGAAGUAUAAGUUAGUUACUAAAGAUGAAGCAGAACCUCACUGGAAAGAACAAUAUGAUUCAUCUAGCACAGUCUGUUCUCAUGCAUAUUGGAGAGGAAAUUGUAAAAGUGUCACAUUAGGCAUGGACUGUGAAGUAGGUCUGAGAAGAAGAACAUAUUAUGUAUUAUCAGGCUCAGUACUUAGUGUCUGGGCUAGGAUUGAGUCUGUUUUGGCUGCUAAAACAGGCCACAAUUCUAAAAUGCAAGUCAUUCGUCUCAGGACUGCUGAAGGUAUUAAAAUUGUUGGUACAUUAAUUCCUAAAAGCUGUGUUGAAGCUCUUCAAGAAGCUCUUGCUAGUGAUUCUGAAAAAGUGGAUGAAGAAAUAUUUUAGCAUUAAAAAGCAUUGUAGAUAUCAUUUAGAUUUCUUUUUUCUAAUCUAGGUACUUUUUAUAUAUAAAAUGUUUGUAAUUGUAGAAUAAUU